AUGCUCCGUCUGGGAGCAUCGUUGGCCAAAACUAAGCCCUCAUUUUACCUUCGGCAUUUUCAUCCAUCGACAUCUACUCGGAAUACAUCUCAGCAAAAACCGCCUCCAACAAAUAAAGCAUUCAAUGAGCAGGAGUCAAAACGGUCUACCUCGAAUUCAGAAUCGUCGCAAAUAAUAGAUUCGGACCAAUCAUCUCCCACUACAUCUACAACUACAUCUCGUCCCGCACCCUCACUUUCUAAACCAUCAUCUCCAGCUAACUCUGAUUCCGAAGAUCGUCAGCCGAGGUCUCUUGACGAGCUCAAAGAAAAACUUCUGAAAUGGGUCAACGACCGUGCUUUUCAUUUUCGCCGGAGAGCAGACAAUUUCACCGGCGCAACGAAAGUUAGACUAUCUGGCCUUGGCGCUGAGCUGAACAAGGUCACUGGUUACGAAGAAAUUGAUGCCCUCAAACGACAGGUGGUGGAACAAGAGGCUCGAAUAGAGACCACGCGUCAGGCUGCGCGUACUGCCAAAGUCAAUCACGACGAAGCCGUUGUCAGACGCUCUAAAUCCCAACGAGAGGUCAACGACCUCCUACAGCGCAAAUCGAGCUGGACAGAUGAGGACGUGAUCCGGUUCACGUCUUUAGUCCGUGAAGACCAUCUACUGGAACAAGAAGAAGCCCGAGCAAAACUCGCUGUCGAAGAAGCCGAGAACGCAGUAGAAAACGAGUUCACGGAAUUGAUGCGCUCUAUCCUCGCGCGAUACCACGAGGAACAAGUUUGGUCGGACAAAAUUCGAAGCGCAUCGACUUAUGGCCAGCUCGCAGUUCUCGGACUGAAUAUGUUCGUUUUCAUCUUGGCUAUUGUCCUCGUCGAACCAUGGAAACGUAAGAGGCUGGCGCAGACGUUCGAAAAGAAGGUGGAGGAAUUGAAUGAGGAGUACAAGGAAAUGUUGGGAAAUAAUAUGCAGAUUCUCCAGAAGCAGUUGGAGGAUCAAGCGGUGAUUAUCGCGGCUCUGACAGCUGCUGUUGCCAAGGUGGAUUUCCAGACGCAGCAUCCUGUUGAGGAGGUCGUACAGGAUCAGGACGAGCCUGUAUUGAAUUCAACUGGGAUAUGGACGAAGGCAAUGAAGGAUCGGAAUUUCGGAGAGGCAGUAGCCAUGGGUGCGCUUACAGCUAGUGUACUCAGUGCUAUUGGCUGGAUUUGGCUCGGUGGAUAA